AAGUCCGCAAACAGAGAGGCUUGCUAGAGGCCUUUACAUUACCUUUAGAGUUUACGAUCUAUGGUGCGAACUACAAACUGUUCUGUUGGAGUUUCCUGUGAUUUGCAGCUGUGUUCCUCCUGGGUGGAGUCGUGAGCAAGACCAGGAAUGUAACACACUACGACCAGAAAAUCGGUAAAGAAGACGGCAUAAAAACUGGAGGAAUUAGCAUUGGAAGUGGAAGUAAAAAAAAAAAAAACCCAGAUACUCAGCCGAUAAACGACGGCUCUCGGUCUCCACCCCUGCACCCCUGUCCUGGUCCUGCAAUGGCUCGCCGCUCACAGAGCUCCUCUCAGGAGGGCAACCCCCUGGACCCCAACUACCUACCGCCCCACUACCGAGAGGAGUAUCGGCUGGCCAUUGAUGCACUCGUAGAAGAUGAUUUGGAGGGCUACUGUGACUUUCUGCAGAGUGCUGGCGUGGUGAACUUCCUGUCCUGGUCAGAGAUCGAACACAUUAAGUACACAGUGCAGGCCCCGCACCAGAGCACCCAGCCCGAGCUGCCAUACCUGGAGAUGGAGCCUGAUGGCUCCUCUGACACUUACUGGCCAGUCCAGUCUGACCUGGAUGCCCCAGGCUUGGACCUGGGCUGGCCCAACCGCCAUGGUUUCAUGGGGCCCACAGAGGUCACCACACUGGUCAAUCCCUCUGACCCCAGUAUGCCCAGUAUCAAAGAGCAGGCCCGCAGGCUCAUCACCAAUGCUCAUCAGGUGAUUGGCGUGGUGAUGGACAUGUUCACGGAUGUUGACCUCUUUACUGACCUCCUGGACGCUACCAUGCGAAAUGUUGCUGUCUACAUCCUAUUAGAUGAGCAAAAUGCACACCACUUUACAGCUAUGGUCAGCAACUGCAGAAUCAACCUGGAGAGAGUUCCACUAAUGCGCGUCAGGACAGUGGCAGGCACCACUUACUUCUGUCGCACAGGGAAGUCCUUCAAAGGCCAGAUGAUGGAUCGUUUCCUGCUGGCAGACUGUAGGGCUGUACUCAGUGGGAACUACAGUUUCAUGUGGUCUUUUGAGAAGAUCCACCGAUGCCUUGUCCACCUGUUUAUUGGGGAGCUGGUAACCACAUUUGAUGAAGAGUUCCGAAUCCUGUACGCCCAGUCCCAGCCUCUUGUCAUUGAGAAUGCCAUACUUCCAUUGCCUGGGGAAGGUCAUUUUUCCAACUGUCAAUAUGGCAUCCAGCGGACUCCAUGUUUCAGGAAUACCAGAGGCUACCUGAACAUGGAGAGUAUCCACCAUGCAGGAUUCCCAGGACAUUCCUUUGGGGACCACGUGGAUAUGAAACACAAUAUGCCUCCUUUUAGGAGGGAGGACCCUUUCCCCAGCUCCCUAGAGCCUGCCCAAAUGCAGAUGCAUAGCACAAAAUACGCCUUUAAGCAAUUAAGAAUGGAACAGUCUUUCAUGGAGCAGGGCAGGUCCAUGGUGACUUCCAGGAACAUGGAGAUGAAAGCAUACAAAAGGCACAGCUAUGCAGAGGGGACCCAUGAAAGCUACUCCUCUUCCAGACAGUUCAUGCAACAGCAGGUCAUGAACAACCUGGAGGAGAUGGAAGCCCACAGCAGCCAGUUCUACAGGGAGCAGCAUCUUCAUCAGAGUCCAGGGCAAGGACUAGGGCAUGGCAUGGAUGACCAAAUCUCAUACAAUCAAACAGAUCAUUACUCUGACCUUGGGCGCCCACCUGAGUUAGAACAACCUGAUAGUUAUAACCAUAUCAUGGAUUACUUGUCUUCCAAUUCCUCCAAGGAGAUGAUGCAUGGUUCUGGUAAUGUAUUAGCACCAGGUGAGGAUCACUACAGUCCUAUGAACCCCAGGAGGCAGAGUAUGGGCCAGCCAUAUAUCUGCCAGACAUCCCCAACUCAGCUGCAUCCCCCAGACCAAAGGCUGCUAUUUACUGAGUCCAUCCUGGACCGGCAGCUACGGGAUCCAAGCCUAAAACAGGGGCUGCGAAAGUGGAGAAUCAACUCAUACCUCAGUGCCUUCGAAGAUGCAGGAGAGGAGGGCCUUCCAGAGCCACUGGGGCAUGAUGCCUUUGAUGAGCCAUCGCAGUCUUCUGACAGAAGGUUGUGCAGCCUAGAACCAUCAGUUCCCAGGUUUAACACCAAAGAGCUCCCAAGGAUUCCCAAAUCCAAGCAGGAUCUGCUCCCAUGCUAUGGAAAGCCCAUCAUGCCAGAGGUGCAAAAAGAUCUCCCUGGUGACCAAGCUCUCACAACAACAGACUCUAAAAUUAUGCCAUCAACUGCUUUUGAGAUAUCAACUAACACAGAGCACACUAAGGCAGAGGAAGUAAAGUUUAAAGAGACCAGAGAGAUCGGUAUUACCAGACAAGACUCAUUCCGUGGCAGAAUCAACCCCAUUCUACAGAGGAGCUCUAGAUUAAGGUCCUCCUUGAUCUUCGGUGCUUGUCAGUUAGAGCAGGAUAGCACAGUGGUGACAAAAACAGCUUCAGGGCUUGACCAAAAAGACAACUCCAAUGAAGAUGAUGAGAGUGACCCCUUAAAAACAUCCUCUGUUGUUGCACAGAUUUUGGAGAAAAGAAGAUCUGUAGCAAGAGAACCAUUUGACUGGAGCAGUCACAAAAAGCAGCUUUCAAAGGACACGCUGCCACUGAAAGCAAAAGAGUGUAAUGAGGAAACGAGUGAGAAAUCAUCAAAGGAUUCUGCACUCAAGGAACAACCAAAAGUUCAGGAGAUAGAAUGUUCAAAAGAUGCAACAGAGGAAAUGCACCUGGUAACAGUUCCAGUGGAAGCUUCCAGACCUCCACCCAGCACAACAGCCUUUUUAGAUAUGAAUGAUCCAGAUGUUAGGCUCUCGUAUUUUAAAGAAUUAGCUGCCAAACGAAAGGCUUCAAAAAUGCCUAAGGAGUCAGAGGCUGUCAAAAGCUCAGAACCUGCCCUCAAAAAGUCAGACCUCAUAGAGAAUCCAACUGACAGUAACCUGAAAGACCCAGGGAUCUCAGUAAAGGUGGUAAAACCUGCAGCUCCAGCUGUAAAAGAAACACAGAAUUCAACAGAAGCUGUCAUCAACAAGCCAUCCAUUUCCAUCACACCAACAGAACCCAUUUCAGACAAGCCAGACACCUCACUGGUACCUUCAGCGUUAGUGCAACCCCCCCCCCAGAUGCCCAAAGUUAUAAAACCAUCUGGACCUGAUCUCAAAGGACAGGACUCCCAAUCCAAGGAGCACAAAGAUGCAGACCCCACAGCUCUGAAGAAAGAACCUGGACCAAAGAAAGAACCUGAGCCAAAGCCUGCCAAGUCAUUUCCUUCACCCAAGUUCUUCAAAAAAGACCCUCUAAUACAAUCCAAGGAAUCCCAGACUAAUAACGUUUCCUGUGAGGAGGACCUGCAUAGAGAUGCCACAGACACAGAGAAGAGUGAGCUGAAGGAGGCCUGGCAACUUGAUGCCUCCACUGUGACCCAUGGUGAGGCAGAGGGGAAACUGCCAAAGAUCCCCAGCCCCAACCCGUCUCUCAACCUAAGAGAAAGCUUUGAGGGCAAGCAAGAUACAAAGGCCCAGGACUUUCUGAAGAAGCAGACUCAGAAACUCAAGGGAAUACUUGGAACAAAAGGUGAAAAAAAAGUGCCAGUAGUAGAUGAAGGCAAGACGCCUUCCAUCCAGAAAGUGAACGUAAUUCUGGAAACGGUCACAGAAUCCCAAAGCUCCACUGAGGCCAAGCGAGAUGACCGCAUUGUGGUAACCAAUGGCAAAGAGGAGAAUGCUGACCAUAAACCGCUCUCACGAGCAGCUUGCAAAACCAGUCCAUCUUGGUACCAGACAACCCCCAGCAGUGUAAUGUAUAGCACCAACCUCAGGGAUGACACCAAGGUCAUCUUAGAGCAGAUCUCAGCCAGCAACCAAAACAGGAUAGAGCUGGCUAAGCAAACCACUGGCAUCACUAAUGAAGCUAAAUCCAGUGAGGGUGACAAGAGUGUGGAUGUGGAAGCAAAGCCCUCUAGCAAUCCCUUGAGUAGGACCAGGUUCCAGUGCUCUCAGGCUAACCUUCAAGAGCGGGAAAAUCUGCUGAAGAGGAUUGAGAGUAUGCGGAAAGAAAAGAAAGUCUACAGUCGGUUUGAGAUGGGGUCCUAACCAUAUACCACGAAGAUAAGAGGAUCUUCAAUCUGUUGGUAAAACACAAAGGACCAAAUGGAGGAUGAUGCUCUGAUUCAUUCUCUACCUUCUGUGGUUUUAAAAAUGCUUUUCCCUUUUUCACCCUAAUGUUUUUUGAGUUGCCAAAUGUCCACCGGGUUCACCACGUCCUUGCAUCCUCUGCAUUCGCGCAUGACUGCUGAAGCAUUACAAACACAAUCCUCUGAUCUUUCACACUACAGGUCCUAUGGUGUACUACAACAGAGCAAAUGGGGGGGGGGGGGGG